CUUUUAUUUUGAAGCCCCGUUCCUCGACUUCCUGCAUAACGUCACCGCUGAGUCCUUUAUAAAGUUGAGCUCGUGACGGACUUGAGACGUUGACGACUUUGGGCCGCCAGGGACUGACCCGGCCACACGGGGGACGGACUAAACCCCCGACUUCCGGAACCGACUUCUGGUUGCGACGUGCCCCCCCACCCCACCCCCACCCCCGAGCUCGACGACAGACGGACACUCGCACCCGCUCGUUUUGGGCUUGGUUUCGCAGCAUCAACGGAAACAUGUCUUCUCGUCCGCACACUGACCGGAAGUCAGCCAUGGCGGCGAGAUGAGACAACUUUUGGCGCCACUCUUGCUGUUGCUGCUCAGCGCUGGCGUUGCGUUCACGGACGCCAGGUCCUUGAAGGCAUCGCACGGCCCGGACGCAGCCCCAGGUAGCGCGCUACGGCGGAGCCCCCCGCCGGAGAGAACGCGACCCUUCGCGCUCGUGGGUGGGCAGAGGCGGAGCCUGAGGGAGGCACUGCAGGAUGGCCACCCGGAGCAUCUGCGGUGUGGCCUGGAGGUCCGAGGCGAGGUCUUGGUGCUGGACCUGCGGAAGAACCGCGACCUCCUGCCCAAAGCGCCGAACGUUUUCUUCUACCUGGCCGACGGCACCGGAGUGUCCCUGACGGACGACCCGGUGACGCACUGUUAUUACCACGGCAACGUAAGAGGAUUCCCGAGCUCUCGCGUGGCGGUCAGCACCUGCUCGGGACUCCGCGGCGUAAUCGCCGUCAACGCCUCGUUGAGCUUUGAAGUUCGGCCGCGGGAGCCGGGCCGCGACGACGACGGCGGCGGCGGCGGCGGCGGAGGAGGAGGAGGAGACGACGAAGAUGCGGGAGACGAUGAAGACCACCUGAUCUUUUCCACCGGUCGUUUGGAGGAUGAGGCGGCGAGUGGGUGCGGGGUGGCCCACGAGCCCCCCGACACGCGGCGCCGCCGCACCGCCGCUCACGCGCAACACCGAAACAAGCGGGACCUCCUGUCCGAGACCAAAUACAUCGAGCUGGUUCUGGUGGCGGACCACCAGGAGUUCUUGAACUACCAGAAGAACAACAAGACCAUCAUCUACCGCAUGCUGGAUGUGGCCAAUCAGGUGGACUGGUUCUACCGGCCUCUGAAGGUGCGCGUGGCGUUGACGGGUCUGGAGGUGUGGAGCGACCGGGACAAGAUCCGCGUGGAGAAGAACCCCAGCGCCACGCUCAACAACUUCCUGCUCUGGCGGACCAGGGAGCUUCUGCCGCGGCUCCGUCACGACAACGCGCAGCUCGUCAUGGGCAGCGCCUUGGAUGGCACCACGGUGGGUAUGGCGGCGCAGGGGUCCAUGUGCUCCAGGGACCGCUCGGGAGGCGUCAACGUGGACCACCUGGUCAGCGUUCUGGGCGUGGCGUCCACGGUGGCUCACGAACUGGGACACAACCUGGGCAUGAGCCACGACACCAGCGAGCGGCGAUGCCGCUGCGCCAACCAGCCGCGCGCGGGCGGCUGCAUUAUGGAACCCUCCACCGGGUUUCUGCCCGGCCAGCGGUUCAGCAGCUGCAGCGCGUCCGACCUGUCCGCCAGUCUGCUGCGGGGCGGCGGCAUGUGCCUGUUCAACGUCCCGCCGCCCGAGCGUCUCCUGGGCGGGCCCCGCUGCGGCAACCUCUACGUAGAGCCCGGCGAGGAGUGCGACUGCGGCCUGCUAGAGGAGUGCCAGGACCUCUGCUGCGACGCUUCCACCUGUCGCCUCCGCCCCGGCGCCCAGUGCUCGUCUGAUGGCACCUGCUGCCGGGACUGCAAGCUCCGGGCGGCGGGGUCCGUCUGCCGGGAGCCCAUCGGAGAGUGCGACCUGCCCGAGUUCUGCACGGGCUCCUCGCCCUUCUGCCCGCCCAACGUCUACGUUCAGAACGGCGAACCCUGCGAGGAUGGCGCCACCUACUGCUACGGCGGCGCCUGCGCGAGCAUGCGGGCGCAGUGCCAGACGCUUUGGGGACCGAAUGCCAGCGCCGCGCCGGCCGUCUGCUUCUCGUCCGUCAACAAACAAGGAAACAAAUACGGAAACUGCGGGCAGCUCAGCGACGGCUCGUACGCCGCGUGCCAACCCAACGACGUGCGGUGCGGCAGGAUCCAGUGUCAGGGCGGCCUGGAGCGCCCCCUGCUGGGCACGAACACGGAGAUCCUGACCACCACCGUGCGCUUCGACCUCCACGACCUGGUGUGCCGGGGGACCUUCUUCCACCUGGGAGACGACGUGUCCGACCCCGCCUCCGUGGCCCAGGGCACCGCCUGCGGUCCCGGCAAGGCCUGCUUGGACCACAAGUGCCAGGAUGCCUCGGUCUUGGGCGCGGACGAGUGCCGCGGGAAGUGCAACGGCCACGGCGUCUGCAACAGCAACAACAACUGCCACUGCCGGGCGGGUUGGGCGCCGCCCGACUGCGCGUACGCCGGACACGGGGGCAGCGUGGACAGCGGACCCGCGCGCGCCGCCCCAGAGUCUGACCCGGUCCUGGUGGCCCUGCUGGUGGUCUUCCUCUUGAUCGUGCCGGCGCUCCUCCUCUUCCUCGCUCUUCGCUUCCCUCGCGUCCGUCGUCUGUGUUUGACUUUGGGAGGCGACAAAUUCUUUCCCGACUCCUCACACAACCGGACCCCGGCGACGGAACGCAGUUCGGAGCGCAACGUGGAUCAGGUCCGUCCGCUGAGGUUCCACGCCAACGCCCCCGAGACUCCGCCCUUCAAGGAGCUUCUUGACAGGCCGGCUCCUCCCACUCGGCCGCUCCCCCCCGCCCCUCCACUAAACCCCCCGCCGCAGCCGCUAGCGAGCCGACCGGCUCCGCCCACUAAGCCUCUCCCCCCUGACCCCGUGCCUCCGAGCCAGGCGCCGGCAGUGGCCCAAAAGCCGUCGCUUGUUCCGCCCCGCAGCCAUCCGGCCGCGGCGUCGUGCUCGGCGUCCGCUAACAGGUUGGACUCGUUGAAACGCGCUCUUCUGAUUGCUCGGCUACGUCGCAUUUUGUUCUCUGCUUGUGCGAGCCGUAUGGUACUGAAAGUACGUGAAGAUACUUCAAGGGAGCCGUAAACGAAGGCGCGAGUUUAAAUCCACUGUGCACUUUUGUGUGCGCACUGAAAUCAGACUAAAGCCUCAGUUUCAGGUCAGUUCGGAUCACCGACAUUAUUUCAUGUGACAAUGUCACAAUAAUGAGAGAGAGAGAGAGAGAGAGACAAGAUUUUCUUGGUUGACCUCCAUUUGCACAAUAUGAAGUCGCGUGACCUUUUGGGUUUCCGUCGGAACGGAGUCAGGUUUGUGGGUUAGCUGGCCCGCCGACUUUGUUCAUCCUUUGCAGUGCGCUUCAGCUCGUUGUCCGUUCGGAAGACCCACUGGCGCCCAAGUUUUAGCUUCCUGGCUGAAGUCUCGAGAUGUUGCUUGAACAUCUCCGUGUCGCGUUCGUCAUGCAUUCACGGUGUCGCCUAUAUUUCGUGAAGCGCUCCAGUUCCUGUCGCAGCAAAACAGCCCCGCGACGCCGCCGAGCUUCACAGUUGGGACGGUGUUCUCGGCUCUAGCAGCUUCCUCCUUUUUCCUCCCGAUUUAACGUCGGUCUGUGGGAGGGGCCGCAGGGGUCAGGGACGAAGCUGCUUGAAGGACUGUCUCUGGGAGGGAAGGAGCCCGCCCUCACGUGGGAUCUGGAUUGAGGCGGCCUCCGACUCUGGUACCGGUCCCCUUGAGAGGGGGUGCCGAGCAGGUUUGGGUAUACUUAUUGCUCUCCGCCUGUACUUUGGAGUCGACCAAUCAGAAUUGUGCGUUAAUUCCCUCAUGAUUUAUGUGCACAGUUAUCGAAUGACGCCACACAUUUUGUAUUUUCGACGAGCGCGAGUACGAGUAGUAAGUGCUUUUUUUUUUU